AUGUGCACACUGUUGUUGACCUGGGAUGGGCUUAGGUUCACUGUGAACGAGAUCAUAAGCCUUACACAGGCAUUAGAGAUUCCCGACCCGGUUAUCACUACAUCCCGACACCGAUUCUCAGCUGUUGAGGCAUUUUGCCUUCUAUGUGCCCGGUUCCGCAGUGCCGCAGACUUGCACGAACUCACCAUCAAGUAUCGGAGGAGCGGAUCUGCCCUAUCCGAAGUUGUGAACUUCCUCGUCAUACAUCUCGAUGACACUUGGGGUCACUUGCUCGGCCUUGAUAAUCGGGCCUUACUUUCUCCAUGCCGCCUCAAGCAAUAUGCUGAGGCUACAGAUCAUGUUGGGGCUAUGGGCAUGCAAGUUUGGGCCUUUAUCGACUGCACAAUUCGUGUCAUAUGUCGGCCAACGUGGCAUCAACGACAGGCGUAUAAUGGACACAAGAAGUACCACGCACUGAAGUACCAAGCACUUGCUUUACCGGACGGGCUUAUAGGGCACCUUUAUGGGCCUCUCGAAGGUCGACGCGGUGACGGGUUCCUCCUCAGUGAUAGUGGGCUCCUCGACUGGUGUCUACAGCAUGCGAAGUGUCUGGAUACUAGUCCUGGACAGACCACGUAUUAUCACCUGUAUGGUGAUCCCGCAUAUGGCCUUACCGAUGUCCUCAUCAGUCCUUUCUCGGGUCCAGGGGAGCGCACAGAGGAGGAACGGGAAUUCAAUGAAAGAAUGUCAUCGCUGCGCAUUGAAGUAGAGCACGUAUUCGGCAACGUGCUCAACAAGUGGGCAUUCCUCCGUGGAGGAUGCAAGAUGAAGGUAUAUGCGUCUCCCGUUGGUUGUUACUACCGCAUUGGUGUCCUUCUCACAAAUGUGAUGAACUGCCUCCGCCCAAACCAAACCUCACAAUUCUUCCGGUGUAGACCACCUCCCCUCCACGAGUAUCUUCAUCACUGA